AUGUGGGCUCGCCGCGAUGGAGUCGACCUCAGCUUCCGUCAACCGCUGACGAAGCGUGGUGUAUUCCAAUGGACGGGUCGGCUCACAAGCCACUAUCCAGUGUGCGCAUGGCUUCGCCCAGCCUGCUCAAUGUUGAAGCGGCUAUCAAGUGCAGUGGACAGAUGGGACACGCCGGUUCCACCUAGCGUUCUUCAGUGUGCUGACGAAGUUGCUGAGCAGCUGUCCGCGCAAGACCCCGUCCGUGGUGUGUGGCAUGCAUCAGCCGAGUCCGAUGGAGAUUGGGCUGUGUUCUGCGAUGCCUCGGAUCUGGCAGUCGGUGUGGUCCUCCAGCUGAACGGCCAAGUCAUCGAAGACGGUACAUGGCUGCGGGACACAGCCGAUAAGAAGCACAUCAAUGUGGCGGAGCUAGAUGCUGCCGUGCGUGGACUGUCGCUUGCAGCGCAAUGGCACCUGCAGACGGUACGACUCGUCACCGACUCCAAGACAGUGUACGGCUGGCUGAAGCAGGUCCUCGGCAAUGUGCGCCGAGUGAAAGUCGGUGGGCUGCACAAGAUACUGGUUGAGCGGCGACUGGAAGUGAUUGCUGACCUCGUCCAAACGGUCGGCCUCAAGGUCCGAGUGGAGUGGGUGCCGACUGACCAGAACCCAGCCGAUGAGCUCACCCGUGUCCCGAGGCGGUGGCCCAAGGGUACAGAUGAGCCGAGUGAUGUUUGUUCUGUUUCUGUGGCAACGGACAAGCAUGCUAUCGGGCCCGUUACUCUCAGUGAGAUAAAGGAUGCGCAGCAAGCCGAUACCGAGAUAUCACAGCUGCUGGAUGAGCUGAAGUCGGGAACCCCCCUGUCGUCGAAGCUGUACAGACCGGUCCGUGAUCAGCUGUUGGACCAUGACGGUGUGCUGAUGCGUUCAGUAAAGCUGCCACUCGACGGCGUCGUGCAAGUGCCAGUCAUACCGCCUGACCUUGAAGACAAAGUACUGAAAGCGUCUCACAAGACCUCUGGCCAUGCCACCUGGACGACAAUGCAUGACUCACUGCGCAAGCGCUGCUAUAUGCCGCUGAUGGCCGAGAAAUGCCAGAGUGUUGUCCAAGCGUGUGUGCCUUGCUCUGCAGCUAACCCGGCACGGGGACCGACUGUUGAGCCAACGCGUCCAGACGUACCAGGACGACCAUGGGAGGUCAUACAGAUCGACACGUUGGAGCUUGGCCAGAGUGGAGCGCACCACUGCUGCCUGGUGUGCGUCGACAUGUUCACCAAGUGGGCGGAGGUACAGCCACUACGUCGACACGAUGCAGCGAGCGUAGCAGCCGCACUGACCAAGAUCUGCUGCCGGUGGGGCCCGCCGUCUGUCAUUCGCAUGGACAACGGCACUGAGUUCCGGAACGCGGUCGUAGCAGCCCUCCUGGAACAGUUUGGUGUGGUGGUGAAAACGGGUGCAGUUCGACAUCCUCAAUCACAAGGAGGGGUUGAACGGCUCAACCGUACAAUCAUCGGUCUCCUGCGUAAGGCGCUCGAGGAAACCAGUGACUGGACGUCUGAGCUGGAGUUGGUUCUGUUCUACUACAAUGGACGUCGCCAUGCUACAACCGGAAUAUCGCCAAGGCUGGCCAUCACGGGCUGGGAAGGGCGCGAUCUAGUAAUUGAUCACGACCCGACAGCAUACAGCGCCAGUGAAUGGGUAGACCGACUCGCCGGGCGCGCUGCUCGAAUUCGAGACCUUGUUGAGUCGCUACUGUCCUCGAAUGACUCUGUGUCAGGCGGUCCAACAGAGUCACCAUACCGUGUCGAUGAUCCGGUGAUGCUACGUCGCCCAGAGCGGAGUCAGAAGCUCAUGACGCCAUAUGAGAGUGGCUGGACGGUGCUGAAGAUAGUCUCGCCAUCGACCCUGGUGAUCCAGCAUGCUGACGGCAGAGAGAAGGUCGUGAACGUUGAUAUCGUGAAGCCUGGACACGCCCAGCAGGUAGAUGGAACACUAGAUGAUGGUAACCAUGAUGCUGCCGAAGAUCGCCCAGAGCCAGCUGCCUGUGAUAAUGUGGUGAGCAUCGAGUUUGCGGCUGACAUGCCGACUCAGCGCUACGAUCUCCGAGGCCCUGGUAAUCGACGACAGCCAGCUAGAUACAGUGGAUGA